AAUAGUAAUACACUAUAUAUAUAUAUGUAUAUAUAUAUAUGUCGGUUCGUCUCUGUGAAUGUGAAGUAAACGCGUUCUCUCGAAAUUUCUUCUCGACGAAGUGUCGCGAAAAUAUGUGCGUGUAAAUUUCGUUGCAAUUGUAACAAUCACCGAAGUUGAACGAAAAUCCGACGAUAGCUCGUCACGCGAGAGAGGUUGUUUACUUCUGAAUUAGUGUAAACGGGACCCGGGAGAGUGUCGAAACACUAACACAGAGUCGCAGUUCGCAACUUUGCGCCGCACGAUUAAAUUGUACGAAAGUUUAGCCCAGUGUGAUUUACCGUGACGAAUGAGGUGAGUGACACUUUGAGAAUUACUCCGAGGAUCAUCAAGAGGACAUGUCAACGUGAAGACAUUGUGUUGCUCUAUUUUUUGAAAAAUUGGUCGAACGAAAAAUCCGAGGGUCGGUCCAAAUUCAUUCCAAUCAAUAGCCGGUCCAUCGAUUGCGACACAGAAGAGUGUCCUCUCUCUCCCGUCGAACGGGUUGACGUUGCACACCUUGUGGAAGCAGCUUAAGUGCGAAGCGCCUCGAGUUACCAGAUCGACCAGCAGCUGCACUCGACAUCCUGUGUCGCUUAGGAAGCAUCGAGAUCUCGCGGUAGAUGUUACAAACGAGCCAAGAGAGCCGCGCGAGAGGUAUUGUGAAAGGAGCGGAAGAUCGAACUAACUUUCUCUCCUCGUGGUAACAAAGACGUUUAAAACUGCGAUUAUAGAACGGUUUCUGAUAUACUCUUAGCUUUCCAAGAAGGCGUUCCGAAACCGUGUUUCGUAGCCGAAGAGCGACAACAAAGCAAAGUCACCUUCGAAGACGUAGGAAAUCUUACAUCGUCGAAGAAAAGACAUUUUUCCUGAGAAGACAGAAUAAUAUAUUCUAAUUUUAAAAUUACACGACAAAAAUCUGAGAACAUUAUUUUCAACAAGAGUGCAAUCUCUUCUUUUACAUUUCAACGUUCUUAUUAUUAGUCGUCGUAUUCUUCGUCAUAUACGCUCCUGAAAGGAAUACGAUUACUGGAACUCCGAUCGAUAAGGUGAAGUCCGUGCUGGGGCAGCAAAAACGCUCCGUAUUUGGAAGUUUAUCGUCACCGAAGCGGCAAGAAAAACGUCAGGAUUGCUCCGCACGUGGACACGAUGUACGUGACGGAGUCGGGAGGCCACAAAGUGGCACCCGCGCCCGCGUCGACGCGGCUGAAGAAGGUGGUGGACUACAACAAGUCGAUGAACCACCAUUAUCAUCACCAACAGCAGCAACAUCAUCACCAUCAUCAACAUCGUCACGAGGGCGGUGAUCGCGGCGGCGGAACGCACAUCGCCGCGACGGUGAAGAACACGGUACGUCGACUGUUACGUCGCACCAAGAGCCACCGCGACACGCCGUCGACGAACGCCUCGACGAUGACGGCCGUCGUCGCCAACGGCCACGUCGCGGCGCCGCCGCCCACGCGGAUACCCACCGCGAGGAACGACACUAGCAACGCGCCGCCACCCAUGUCGGACGUCUACUGCAGACGCUACUCCAGGCCGCGCGUGAGACCUCAGAAACCAUAAGUCUCUGGAGCACGGCAGCGUCGAUCGAUUUAACCAUUGAA